CCGUGAAAAUUCUACUUUAAAAUAGAAUAGAAUUUCAAAAUUCUUUUGAAAAUUCUAUUUUCAAAAUACACUAUUCUAUGACAACUUACAAUCCCUACGAAUUUUACAUUUAUCAAACAAAAACUUGUUUCUCAACCCAUCAAAAUACAAUAUUUUAAUGCUAAAUUGUAAGGGAGAAAAAAAGUCUGUUAUAAAGAAUGAAAUGCAGGUUGCAUACGUUAGGAAUUUAUCGGUGAAUUUUUUUUUCAAUUUUUCGUCAUUUGAUUUUGAGAAGAGCGUGAUUCAUAAAGAAUUAUAAUACUACACUAUAAAUCAAGAACAAUGUAAGAUAUUAUUUAUGUUACCAGAAGUAAAAUUGUAUGGAAUUAUUUUAAGUUUAGUUCGGGACAGACGUUCUAUGUAUGUUCCCUUAGUCCAGUGGUCGGCAAAGUGCGGCUCCAGAUUCGCUAGUGGAUCUUUGGCUUUCGGCGUACUCCGGUGUGAUACGAAGGUACCACAAGCAUGCGCACCCUAGUUUUCUAAAGUAGUGGGGGUACAAAUUGGCAUCACAGACCAGCAGUUGCAGUGUGAACAGUUUUGUCUUAUCUACCUGGUCUGCCUUUGUCCAGUCUUAUUAAAAAGUUGUUGUAUUUUUCAAUCUAGCUGCACAUCUUACAGAAUUGGACUAUUAUUUUAAUAAGUUAUUCAACUACUUUUUCGUUCUCCUUCAUUUGAAGUUCUUUUUAUACAUACCUCUACAGGUAUAUAGAAGCAUUUAAGCAGAUUUCAUAAAGCAACGAAUGGAGUUUUUUAAAGCAGUAAUAACAGACAUUUUCCAAAAUUACUCGAGUAACCUGGUAAUAGGAGGAACUCUUGUAUUUUUAUUAUUGGUAUCUCUCCUAAUAUUUAGAGAUCGAGGGUUGCCGCCUGGACCCACGGGAAUACCUUUCUUAGGGUACUGGCCCUUUUUAGACGAUGAAAAUAUCCACCUUCAAGAAGUGGCUUGGAAGAAGAAAUACGGUGACGUUUUCAGUUUUCGUGUCACAGGAAAGCUGUACAUAAAUCUAGCAAGCUUUAAAAGACUGAGGGAGGCUCACAUAACCAAGUCUGACUGUUUCAAGAAAAGAACAUCAGAAUAUAAUAUCCUGGUCAGAAUUUUCGGAGACGGUAUUACUUUUUCUGAGGGUGAGAAGUGGCGGACAGUUCGCAAGUACUUCACUUCAGAAUUCAGAGAGAGGGGAUUGACCGUUUUCAAUGAAAACACAGCAGGAGUAAUGGAUGAAGCGGUCAGCUGUUUCAUAAAGGAACUGAGAGAAGGAUCGAACAAACCAGUCGAUGUGAUGCGACUGCUCACUCACAAAUGCAAUCACAUCAUCCGUCAGACUUUAUUCGGUCUCAACACCACAGUCUCGGAAACAGAUAUCAACAAAAUCCUGGAAGACUACAAAAUAGUGACCUCGCUGUUUCAUACAUCCAGCAUGCUGCUGCACGGAAAACUCGCUAAAUAUUUAAUCGCUCCUCUUCACCCCCGCUACAAAAAAGUUCUGGAAGUGCAUGCAAACGUGACAGAAAGAUUGCAAAAAAUGAUCGACGAUCACAAGCGGACAUUUCAUAGUGAGAAUGUACGAGACAUUAUCGACGCCUACAAUCUGGAAAGAAUCACCAGAAAAUCAAAUGGUGACCCUACCUACGAAUACUUUUCAGAUGAAACGUUAGUGAGCAACCUCCUUAUGUUUGUUGGUGACGGAGUGCUCAAUGUUGCCACAUUCUUAACAGUCAUUCUCAUGGCUCUGUUGGACCAUCCCGAAGAGCAGGAAACAAUCUACUGGGAGUUAGUGGAAGUGUGCGGAGAAGACAGAAAUCCAAUACUUGCAGACAAAAGCAAACUCAGAUACUUCAACGCUUUCCUUCUGGAAGCCCAGCGAACGGCUAAUUUAUUUCCCCCUUUUCCAAGUUUAGAAUGUACAAAAGAGACCACAAUUGGAGGAUACAGGAUACCCAAGGGAGCCAUCACCCUGACUAAUGUUUACGCUAUUCACAACGACUCCCAAGUUUACGAAAAUCCUGAAAAAUUUAAUCCCUCAAGAUUCCUCGCAACGGAUGCCAAACCAAAAGAAGAACUACCCAUAAUAUUUGGUGUAGGUAAAAGAGUCUGCUUAGGAGAGAGUUUUGUGUUGAUGCAAGCCUUCGUAUUUUUAGCAGCUAUUGUUAAGAAUUUCAAACUAUCAUACUCCAUACCAAAGAACUAUUUGGAAGUGACCACGACUAGGACUCUCGAUGUGUGGGUCACUCCUAGAAAAUGAUCAAAAGCAAACUCAUGAAAUCGAAUCUUACUAAUGCGUGUUUGUAAAGAUAAAGCAUUAAACUUUCAGUCACCUACUUUGCUGGGAAAUUAUUACAGUAUCAAAUAAAUAAAAUAAAAAAUGCAGCUUUAAUAGACAA